AUGCGUCUCUCCCUUCUUCUCUCUUCAUCUGCAUUGCUAGCAACCGCAGCAGCAAGCGGCACAGGCGCCCUCAUGUUCUGUCUCGGCGUCAAAAAGGCAGACGGCUCCUGCAAAUUCCAAGCUGACUACGCAUUGGAUUUCGCGGCAUUGGGCCCCUACAGCAAAGCAGUCCGCAUCUACUCCACCUCAGACUGCAACACCAUGCAGGAAAUCAUGCCUGCCGCCAAAGCUGCUGGUUUCAAAGUUCUCCUGGGUAUUUGGGCCACGGAUGCCGACCAUUUCGCUUUGGAGAAGACCACUGUUCAAAAAUUCCUUCCAUUGUACCGUGACCAGGUCUCUGCUAUCACUGUUGGUAGUGAACAUCUAUACCGCGGAGACUUGACCGGCACGCAGCUCGCUGCUCAGAUUACCGAGGUUCGAAACCUUGUCAAGGGUCUCGGAUACACAGACAUCCCUAUCGGCACUGCAGACUCCUGGAACAAGUACAAAGAUGGUACAGCAGACCCAGUCAUUGCAGUGUCUGAUAUCCUCCUGACAAAUUCUUUCAGCUUUUGGGAAGGUCAGAGCAAAGCCGACAUGACUACAAGAUUCUUCAACAACAUUGGUCAAGCAUUGGCCAAGAUUGAAGCCAUCAAGGGUACCAGCGACUUUACCUUUUACGUUGGCGAGACUGGCUGGCCCACUAGCGGCAGUGCCUACGACCAAGCCGUACCGGACCUGGCCACCGCCGAGUUGCACUGGCAGUCCACCAUCUGUGGUCUCCGACACUGGGGUAUCAAUUUGAGUGUCUUUGAGGCAUUUGACGAGCCAUGGAAGCCCGCUGCAAUAGGAGACAAUGGUGUUGCACUGCCAGAGACAUCCUGGGGUGUCUUUACCUCUGAUAGGAAGCUCAAGUACAAGUCGCUUUCUUGCUAGACGCUUUUCAGGUUGACGCUCUACCUUUAUAAUCUCCUUUUAUACUCUCACGAUACUGGUAAUCGACACUUGGUUUAUGCAGAAGAGUUCUUGUUGAAUCUGUUUAUAGGCCUGCACCACUCUGCUGUAACAAAAGAACAAAUCCUUUGAUAUUGGCAAGAAUGGACUAUGAAAGGAACCAAAACUGCCAUGGUUCUUCCAUCGUUCUGCUUGGGUUCUGCUUUCAUACUCUACUUUCUCAAAUUCUUGCCAAUAUCAAAGGAUUUCUCGAUUCUGCUCCAUGAUCCAUAGCGAGGGCUCU